AUGUCGGUCUCGGCACUUGACUCCCGCCUCUUCCAGAACCUCUUUGGCACCCAAGAGAUCCGGGCCGUCUUCGACGAUGAAGCGUAUACUCAGCAAAUGGUCGACGUGGAGCUUGCCCUUGCCCGGGCGCAAUCCAAGGUUGGAAUUAUUCCAAUCGAAGCGGGAGAGAUCCUCACCACCAAGCUCACAGAGGAAGGCUUUCGUCUCGACUUCGACCGUCUUUCGCGCGAGACGGAGAUCGUGGGAUACCCGGUCCUCCCUCUGGUGCGGCAGCUCGUUGACUACGCGUCCGGGGAGAUGGGCAAGUAUAUCCACUGGGGGGCCACUACGCAAGACAUUAUGGACACUGCGUCCGUGCUCCAGAUGCGCAAGGGGCUGGAGAUCGUCAAACGCCAACUGCAGGAACUCGAAAACAUACUACGAAGUCUGUCCAAGAAGUACCGCGACACGCCCAUGGCCGGCAGAACGCAUCUUCAACAUGCUUUGCCUUGCACGUUCGGCUACAAAUGCGCCGUCUAUCUCUCCGGCAUCCUUCGUCACUCUGAGCGUCUCCAGGAAAUCGAGAGCCGGUGCCUUCUCGUCCAAUUCGGCGGUGCAGCUGGGACGCUGGCCUCGCUGGGAUCCGACGACACGGGUCUCCGCGUCAGGGAACAGCUCGCAAAGGAGCUUGGUCUCGGCAACCCCAGCAUCACCUGGCACGUGGCGCGGGACAACGUGGCGGAAAUCAUCAACUUCCUCGCCCUUGUGGGAGGUUCGCUAGGCAAGAUCGCCUACGACCUGAUCCUCAUGUCGUCCAAUGAACUAAGCGAAGCAUCGGAACCGUUCGUCCCCCACCGGGGCGCAUCUUCGACGAUGCCACAGAAACGGAACCCCAUCUCGAGCGAAGUCAUCCUGGCAGCGUCCAAGCUCCUCCGUGCGAAUGCGGGGCUGGCGCUGGACGCCAUGGUCACGGAUUUCGAGCGGGCGUCCGGCCCGUGGCACUUGGAGUGGGUUGCCGUGCCGGAAGCAUUCGUCCUGGCCGUGGGAGCCCUGCACCAGACCAAUUUCGCGCUGAGCGGCCUCGUGGUCAACACGGACGCCAUGAUGAAGAACCUCUUGUCCACGAGGGGUCUCAUUGUGGGGGAAGCCGUGAUGAUGGGUCUGGCUCCGUUCUUAGGCCGACAGCAGGCGCAUGACCUAGUCUACGAGGCUUGCAAGGAGUCGAUCGAAAAGGACAAGGCGUUGUUUGAUGCUUUGAAAGACCGGGCUAGCGUCGCGGUCUACGUGUCCGAGGAGCAGCUGAAGCAGCUCUGUGACCCGACCAAUUACCUGGGAGCAAGUCAGUUGAUGGUGGACCACAUUCUCCAGCUCGGGAUCAAAAGUUGA